CUCUGCGGCAGCGGUUGAAGUCGAAGUCUCGAAGUCGCGGUCUCGAGUUUUUAUUUCUGUGGCUUGUUGCAGCAGCGGCAACAAGUUUGAGUUUUGAGUUUGAGUUUUGCACGCUUGCGUGACGCUCUUGUUUAAGUGGCAGCGGCAGCGUCUCUGAGUGUAGAAAUCGGCAUAAAGACAAUAGAAAUUUUGUGUAUUUUAAAUGUGCACAGCUGUUGAAAAUUUCAUUUACAAAUAUUUUAGCCAACAAGCCAAUUAACAUGUCCAGCAGCUUACGCAAGACAACCGCAGCGCUGAUCAAGCGCACAACUUACUCGGCAACGUCGACGCUGCUGCCGGGUUCUGGCUCAGCGCGCAGUGGACCGCCCGAUGGACAAGGCGUGGCAGCGGAAAUUGAAAAAUCAAUUGCGUCUGGCGCACUGAAGCAACUAAAGCAACAACAACAGCGACAACAACAACAACAGCAAGUAGCAGAGCCUGCAGCCAAAGUUGGCGUCACAACAGCAACAGCAACAACAACAACAACAGCUACAACAGCAGCCACAACUAAAGCGCAGACUGCUGUGCGUCCUUACUCCGAGGUGCCGGGUCCAUAUCCGUUGCCAUUGAUUGGCAAUUCGUGGCGCUUUGCUCCGUUAAUUGGCAUGUACAAAAUAAGCGAACUGGACAAAAUAAUGCACGAGCUGCAUGUGAACUACGGCAAGAUGGCCAAAGUGGGCGGACUCAUUGGACAUCCGGAUCUGUUGUUUGUAUUCGAUGGCGAUGAAAUACGCAACAUAUUCAAAAAGGAGGAGGCAAUGCCGCAUAGACCCUCCAUGCCCUCGCUGCGUCACUACAAGGGCGAACUACGACGCGACUUCUUCGGCGAUGUUGCCGGCCUAAUUGGCGUGCACGGACCCAAGUGGGAGGCAUUCAGGCAGGAGGUGCAGCAGAUUUUGCUGCAGCCGCAGACUGCCAAGAAAUAUAUAAAGCCACUGAAUGAUAUUGCCAGCGAGUUUAUGUUGCGCAUUGAGGAGAUGCGCAACGAGCAGCAGCAGCUGCCCGACAACUUUUUGCACGAACUGUACAAAUGGGCGCUCGAAUCUGUUGGGCGCGUCUCGCUGGACACACGUCUGGGCUGCCUGAAGCCGGAGGGCAGUGCGGAGGCGCAGCAAAUUAUCGAGGCCAUCAAUACGUUUUUCUGGGCGGUGCCAGAGCUGGAGCUGCGCAUGCCGCUCUGGCGUCUGUACCCAACCAAAGCGUAUCGCAGCUUUGUGCGCGCACUGGAUCAAUUCUCAGCCAUUUGCAUGAAGCAUAUUGGACAGACCAUGGACAAGGCGGCUGCACGCAAAGCUCAGCCUGAGCAUGAGGCGGAUAUAUCCAUAGUGGAGCGCAUUGUGCGCAAGACUGGGAAUCGCAAAUUGGCAGCCGUGCUGGCCUUGGAUCUAUUUCUAGUGGGCGUGGAUACAACAUCGGUGGCCGCGUCCUCGACCAUUUACCAGCUGGCCAAGAAUCCGGAGAAGCAGCAGCGCCUGUUUGACGAACUGAAGCGUGUGUUUCCCACGCAGGACGCGCAAAUCAAUCAGCAUGUCCUUGAACAAAUGCCCUAUAUGCGUGCCUGUGUUAAGGAAACGCUACGCAUGAAGCCGGUUGUCAUUGCCAAUGGACGCAACUUGCAGGCGGAUGCAGUUAUUAACGGUUAUCAUGUGCCAAAGGGCACACACGUCAUCUUUCCGCAUCUGGUUGUAUCCAAUGAUCCCACGUAUUUUCCCGAACCCAAACGCUUUAUGCCCGAACGCUGGCUCAAGCAGGCGCCAGCUGCUGUCACUGAGAGCUGCCCACAUGCAGCACAAAAGAUUCAUCCGUUUGUUAGUCUGCCCUUUGGCUAUGGCCGUCGCAUGUGCGUGGGACGUCGCUUUGCUGAAAUUGAGCUGCACACGCUGCUAGCCAAGAUCUUUCGCAAAUAUGAAGUCAGCUAUGAGAGCGAUGAGUUUGUUUAUCGCGUUAAUUCCACGUACAUACCGCAGUCGCCUUUGAAUUUCAAGCUAACGCCCAGGCCGGCAUAAACAGCUGCUACGCGGCGUAUGCGUGAUAUAACAAAGCUACUACUGCAGCGCGUAGUUAAUGUUGACUAGUGUUUAGUUAUUAUUAAGUCUGUCUCACUCUGUUUUUCUUUAGCUCAUAAAUUCGUAGCCAGCUUUACGGCUCGUAGUCGUAGUUAAUAAAGCGCCAAAAAGUAUG